AUGUUCAUCAUUGCUGCCGUUUGGCUCGGACAACACCUGCAUACUCCAAUGUAUUACUUUUUAUGCAGCUUGGCUUUCUUGGAUAUUUGGUACAUAUCCUCCACUGUUCCCAAACUCCUCAUUAUCUUAGCCAUUGACAACAAAGCUAUUUCCCUGCCUGCAUGCUUCCUGCAAUUCUAUGUGUACGUGUCUCUUGGUGCCAUUGAGUUUUAUCUUCUGGCUGUCAUGUCUGUGGAUAGAUAUUUGGCUAUUUGCCAUCCAUUAAUGUAUCACUCCAUCGUCACCAAUAAGACCUGUUAUUGUGCAGUGCUAAUAUCUUGGAUUGGUGGAUUCUUUACUUUUAUUUAUCCUUCUGUCUUGAUGGGAGAGAUGUCCUUCUGUGGACCAUAUGAAAUAAAUCAUUUUUUUUGUGACAGCUCUGCUAUAGUGAAGAUUAAUUGCUCUGAAAUCCAAGCAUUUGAUUUGUUUUUUUCUAACUUAGCAUCGGCGGUAAUUAUGAGUUCCUUGACUAUAACAUUAGUUUCCUAUUGCAAGAUCAUCUUCACCAUUUUGAGAAUACCAUCAUCCAGUGGUAGAAAGAAAGCUUUCUCAACCUGUACUUCUCACUUCAUUGUAAUCUCUUUGGCCUAUGGAAGUGCUAUUUUUAUAUAUGUGCGACCAGUUAAUAGUUCCUCCUCUGACUAUAAUAAAGUAGUAGCUCUUCUUAACAGUGUCAUGACGCCUCUGUUAAAUCCCUUUAUAUACACUUUACGCAACAAACAAGUACGAGACGUACUCAGACAAAGAUGGUUAAAUUCCCAGUCAUCUUGA